UAUUUACAUAUUUGCCACCGUUGCAAAUGGCACUCCUUCAUUUGCCACUUUUACGGGAGCUUCUACAUUUUUACCAUCACGAACGAAAUGAAGCAACAGAUUUGCCACUUUUACUGACGUGGCACGCCACGUCCCCGCGACAGCGUGUAAAAGGGAUGCCAAAAGACGUGUGUGCCCUCACCUUUCUCCUCCGUUAACCUCCCCCGACGCCAUCCAUCUCCCCGUCCCCAUCUCCACUUCUUGCCGUCCGCAAGCCCCGCUUCCAGCCGCGGCCGGCCUCCAUUUCCGCACCCGCCUCCGUCUCCACCUCCACCUCCCUCGCCGCCGCGAACACGAGGCCCCGCCCCGGCGCCACCGUCCGCGCUUCCACCGCCUCGCCCUUCACCGAGGCCACUUCCUCCUCGCGCUACCGCCACGAUGCCUGAUCCUACGCCGCCGACGGCUCCUCCAGCCCCGCGUCACUGUCGUCGUCGCCCUCCGAUGCCGCCGCCGCGGCCGCCACCGCCGCGGCGGGCUGCCAGGAUGAUGAGAUCGCGCUGCAGCUGCCGGAGCGUCGGAGGCUCCUGGACGCGCAAAGAGCUUCCAGGGGGAGGAGCGCCGAGGGGGAGGGCGGCGGCAGCAGGCCUCGGAGGGUGGCGCUGGUCGGGAUGGGACCCGGGGACCCCGAGCUGCUCACGCUCAAGGCCGUCCGUGGCAUCGAGGCCGCGGACCUGGUGCUCUACGACUGGCUGGUGUCCAACGACAUGCUGGACUUGGUCGGGGAGGGCGCAAGGCUUCUAUACGUCGGCAAGAUGGCGGGAUACCACAGCCGCACACAGCAAGCAUCAAGAGAUUCAAGAACCAUGAAACCGACCAAAGAUCGCAUUUUCCCCAAGCAAGCAAAGGAGAAGGGUGAAGGACGUACCACGGGAUUCUUAUCGUUGAGGAGUUCUCCAGCAGCUUCCUCUGGACGCCGGCGAGGUCGCCCGCGCGCGCGAGGCCGUGGAUGGUCUCGGCCUUGGCCAGCCGCGGCCUCGGGCCCCCCGUUCUGGCUCCCCGGCAUCUCCUCCCUCCCCCUCUUUCUUUCGGAGCUCCACUUGUGUGCGCGCCCGCGUGAGCGUUCUCCGUGUGUGUGAGGAGGAGCUGUCAGGGAGGAGGAAGAAGAAGGGAGGCGACGGCGAGGCUGUGAAAGAGGACGUGCCGACGGGGAGAUGGAUGGUGUCGGGUCUGACAGCGGGAGGUUAACGGAGGAGAAAGGCGAGGGUACACGGGUCUUUUGGCACCCCUUUUACACGCUGUCGCGGGGACGUGGUGUGCCACGUUAGCAAAAGUGGCAAAUAUGUUGCUUCGUUUCGUUCGUGAUGGUAAAAACGUAGAAGCUCCCGUAAAAGUGGCAAAUGAAGGAGUGCCAUUUGCAACAGUGGCAAAUAUGUAAAUAUCCCCAAUUUGGGAGUUGCAAAAUU